AUGCCGCCGAAGAAGCUCCAACAAGAGACGACCGACGCUUUUCGUGGAAUUAUGACAGAAUUUCGACAUGAGUUACGUGACAUACUACGUGAUUCUGUUGAAACAGCUGUUCGUGUUGUGCUUCAAGAGCAACAACGACCUCCACGAAACCCUCGCCGUGAUGAGCAGAUCUUCGAGGAUGAUGAUGAUGAAGGUUUGGAUGAUGACAACCCGUUUGGAGGACUGAGAGAGCGUCCGUUACGUCCACCGGCAGAAUUACAAGUUCAACGAGCAGAGGGAAAUCGUUGGGAAUCCGGUUUUAAACUUGAUUUGCCUGAUUUUCAUGGAACUUUAAAGCCGGAGGAAGUGCUUGACUGGAUCAGCUCAGUGGAGGAGCUGUUGGAGUUUAAACAGGUGCCAGAUCAGAUGCGAGUUCCAUUAGUGGCUACUCGUUUCAAAGGAAGGGCCUCUGCAUGGUGGCAACAAGUGAAAGAACAAAGAGUCCGAGCUCGUAAAGAACGAAUUGCAUCAUGGGACAAGCUGAAGCGUCUCUUGGGCAAAUCCUUUUUGCCGUUCAAUUAUGAGCGUACUUUGUACACACGCUUUCAGAAUUUGCGUCAGGGCAAUCGAUCCGUUGAUGAUUACGCGAGCGACUUCUAUACAAUGUUGUUGCGAAAUUCAUCCGUGGAAACCGAGGAACAAUUGUCGCGAGCUGUUCUCAUCGAACAGAACCUUCAGAGUUCUUCUUGGGCUACAUCGACGUCAAGGAUUCGUCCUUCUCUGCCGAGUGAUUCCACUUCGGGAAUCAAUACAGAUACGACUUUGGGAUCCAAUACUUCAGCUCGUGUAGCUGAACCGAAUGGUACCCCACCUUUACAAAGAACCAAUCGACCAACAACAUUUAAAUGUUUUAAUUGUGGUGAAACAGGGCAUCGACAAGCUUCAUGUCCUAAACGUGUCCUAUUGGGUGAUGAAGAGGUUGUCUACGACGAAUACAACGAUGAGGCUGAGCACUUAGAGAUUGAUGAACAAGUGUCUGGUGAUGUUGGCACAGCCUUAAUGUUACGUCGUACUUUCUUGGCACCACGUGAAGUUGAAGAAAAUUGGUUGCGGUCCAAUAUCUUUCAAACAUCAUGUACGAUGCGGGGCAAAAUUUCUCGUUUGAUUGUCGACUCUGGUAGCUGCACUAAUGUUGUUUCUGAAGAAGCAGUUUCCAAGUUAUCUUUGCUCACAGAGCCUCAUCCAAAGCCGUAUAAAAUUGUGUGGCUCAAUACCAAAACUGAUGUUCGUAUCUCCAAACGAUGUCAUGUUCCAUCUGCUGUACCGGCUUUGCUUAUCCCAAAGAAAGAUGGUUCGUGGCGUAUGUGUGUCGAUAGCAGGGCUAUUAACAAAAUCACAAUCAGGUACCGUUUUCCCAUUCCAAGACUUGAUGAUCUCCUCGAUCAAAUUGGCCAUGCGACGAUUUUUACUAAAUUGGAUCUCAAAAGUGGGUAUCAUCAAAUACGUCUCCGUCCCGGCGAUGAAUGGAAGACAGCGUUUAAAACUUGGGAAGGCUUAUUUGAAUGGUUGGUCAUGCCUUUUGGUUUAUCCAAUGCUCCUAGCACUUUCAUGCGUGUCAUGAAUCAAGCUUUACGGUCUUUUAUUGGUCGCUUUGUGGUUGAAGAUUUCGACGAUAUCUUAAUCUUCAGCUCUUCUUUGUCGGCUAGCCUAGAUCAUCUCUGUGAUGUGUUGAGUGUUCUACGCCGUGAGAAACUGUUUGCGGCUACAAAGAAGUGUGUUUUCGGCACCAAUGAGGUUUUGUUUCUAGGCUACAUUGUGUUUGAACGUGGUUUACAAGUUGAUCCAGCUAAGGUCGCUACAAUACAGACAUGGCCUACUCCUCAUACCCUUACUGACGUGCGCAGCUUUCAUGGAUUGGCUUCAUUCUAUAGGCGUUUUGUCCAUCAAUUCAGUAGCAUCAUGUCCCCAAUAACUGAUUGUAUCAAGGCCACUCCGUUCGUAUGGACCAAGGAAGCCGAUAUCGCAUUUCAACGUAUCAAACAGAAAUUAUCAUCAGCUCCGGUUCUUGUGCUUCCAGACUUUGCGGUGGCAUUUGAAUUACAUUGUGAUGCUUCCAAGCUUGGGAUAGGAGCGGUUCUUAGCCAAGGUGGUCGUCCUGUCGCUUUCUUUAGCGAAAAGUUAGCUGGUGCUCGUGGUCGCUAUAGCACAUAUGACGUUGAAUUAUAUGCUGUUGUUCAGGCUGUUAAGCAUUGGAGGCAUUAUCUCUUUCAUCAGGAGUUUGUUCUCUAUACAGAUCAUGAUGCAUUGAAACAUAUGGGUUCUCAAGAUAAGGCAGGUACGUUGAACAAAGUUGUUGAUGCCCUGAGUAGGCUUCAUUCUCUCCUAACCACAUUACAUGUUUCAGUCCCUGGUUUUGAGGUUUUAUCGGAGUUAUAUCCACAAGAUCCUUUCUUCGGUAAAAUUUGGUUGGAUGCAAGUCAAGGAGCGAUUUCAGAAUACUUUGUGUUUGAUGGGUUUCUGUUUCGAGGAAACAAGUUGUGUAUUCCAGACUGUAGUCUCCGCCUCCAGCUGAUCCGUGAGUUACACAACGAAGGACAUGUGGGUCGAGAUCGUACUCUUCAGCUCUUGUCCAAUUCCUACUUCUGGCCUUCUCUUCGACGUGAUGUUGAACGCUACGUCUCCCGUUGUACUGUGUGCCAGAGAUCUAAAGGUCAUGCCAACAAUGCCGGUCUCUAUUUGCCACUACCUAUUCCUACUCAACCGUGGACCGAUAUUAGCAUGGACUUCGUUCUUGGCUUACCUCGCACUCAACAAGGACGUGAUUCGAUUUUUGUGAUUGUCGAUCGGUUUUCUAAAAUGGCUCAUUUUGUACCAUGUAAGAAAACCACUGAUGCGUUACAAGUUGCAGGCCUCUUUUUCCGAGAGAUUUACCGUUUACAUGGCCUUCCUAUAUCCAUUGUUUCGGAUAGAGAUUCGAGAUUCUUGGGCCAUUUUUGGCGUUCUUUGUGGAGAUUAUUGAAGACUUCUUUGGACAUGAGUUCUGCUUAUCAUCCACAAACGGACGGGCAAACGGAGGUCACUAAUCGUGCAUUGGGAGAUUUACUUCGCAGCUUGGUUGUGAUCUAUGGAGUGCUGCCUCGUGCUCCUGUUGACUUAUCUACGCCACCGGAUAAGACUCGAUUUCAUGCUCGUGCUUGUGACACAGUCGAAGAGUUUACCGCAUUACAUCAACGGGUCAAAGAAAAUUUGGAGAAAUCUGCAGAGAAGUAUAAAGCAGCGGUGGAUGUUCAUCGCCGAGAAGUCCAACUUAAUGUCGGAGAUCUCGUUUGGGCUGUUUUGACAAAAGAUCGUUUUCCACAAGGUCAAUACAACAAGCUUAAACCUCGUAAGGUUGGUCCACUUGAGAUUAUCGAGAAGAUUAAUAGCAACGCUUAUCGUCUCCGUCUUCCUCCUCACAUGCAUACGGCGGAUGUCUUUAAUAUUAAACAUUUGGUUCCUUAUCUACCUGAAGACAACAUGGCGAAUUCGGGGGCGAAUUCGGGGUCGAAUUCUUCAUCACCCCGGGCGACCUGA